AUGUCAAGUAUACCUGCCCGAACGCAGCCUGGUGCUGGCUUUCUUUCGAGUAGUCAACGAGGGGUAUGGCAGGGCUUUACAAGACCUGUGAGGGCUCCAGUUCAGUGUGCAGGUGGCGGCGCUUGGUCUCGAGCAAGCGCUUCGGGAACCGGAUCGCGGCCAAUCAUUCUAGGUCCUUGUCGCCGAGGUGAUGUCAAGACGAUCAGCCAUCUGUCGUACUCUGAUGAGUACAAAGACGCCGAGCAGGCUAUCAAAGAGAUUGUGGUGCCCACCAUUAGGCAGCACUUCCCCGAAAUGGAUUUCGCUAGCUCUCUUGUACUGUAUGAAGACAUACCGACAGUAUUAGUAGGCGUUCGAGAUCCAGUCGCGGUGCGACCUUUCCUGCAGACAGAAUAUGGCGGCUUGCCAGUAUUGCUUGUCUCCGCAACGACUGAGACACGCACUGACACGCUGGAUCCUGCCCUGAUCGAUCGGACUGCCGGAAAGGCUAUUGGUGCCAGCAUUGCCAGUUCACAAGCCGACUUUGCCGGUACUUUGGGUCUCUUUGUGCGCGAAAAAAGCACAAAGGCGAUUUGUGCCUUGACGGCAUAUCACGUCGUGCACACUGACGAUCUUGUUGAAUGUCCUGCAAAGUGCGACGCGGAACCCAUGUUGGCCUAUCUGCAUGCGUCGAUUGCAGAGCUUGAGGAUCUUAUUGCAAGAAGACAAAGCUAUAACAGGGACACCUCCGAAUACGAAAUCACAUUGGCCAGGUCGAAGAGUCAGUUGCUCCAGCUGACGACGCCAACAACGGCGUGGUUUGGCCGUAUCAUGGCAUAUAUCUAUCACGUUCCGACUCAGGCGGAUCCAACGCACUCGGAUUGCGCGCUGAUUGAAGUUGUGGAUAGUGAGCAGCUGGAUGAUCGCAACACGUACAAGCAUUGUGGCAUUCCCUGGACUGUGACAGACUUCCUCGACCCAAAUAACGAGCAAGUUAAACGAACCGACUUGUUAACCAUGGUUGGUCGCUCUUCUGGAAGGACCUAUGCCUAUAAGAAUGAGUACAAGUUCCACCUAUCCAUGACGGCGCACACAGGGAAGGUUAUGGAAACCUUCGAGUCGUGGGCUGCCUGGAACGAAUCAUCAAACUUGACCACAAAAGGUGACAGCGGCGCCGCAGUGGUCAAGCAACACGGGAUGUUUCAGGGAGACGCAAUAGGUAUCGUCAAUGGAGGAACGAUUCUGUCUAUCCCGACUCGAGUUGGCUACUUGCCUUGUGAUGUGACUUUCUUCGAGUCCAUCACGACGGCGGCCGACUUGCUGAACUUCGAAGUUAUUGGUUACGAUACACCGUAG